UGGUUAGAAUGCGAAGAACAAGAAAUAGGAACUGUCAAAAAAUUCCAUCAUGGUUUCAUUUUAGUUUAGAGCGCAGUUAGAAUAAUUUGAAUAUUUAAUUUUAAAUUGAUAUAUUAAGAAAAUGGCAAUUCUUCCACCGGACCCAAUUUUUUGUUUUAAAGGAGAUAUGGGACACAUUCACAGUCUAUGUUUUCCGUUAAAAAAUGAUAACUAUUGCUCUCAAAUUUUGGCAGCUACAGAAAAAGGGACUGUGUAUUUUUGGGACCUAGAGACUAACCGCCUUCAGUACAAACAAGAAAUGGGCGAAUCUAUUCAGGCAGUUCACUGCUUCGAUGACAAUAUAAUAACACAAGAAAAAUCAGGCAUGGUUAAGCUGUGGUCCAUCAAAAAGAGCUCAUAUAAGUCUCUGAACAGUUACCAGGCUGGUGGGGGUUUUUGCAAGAGUAUUAUUUUGAACAGCAGUUUGAUCGUGCCGCAAGAAGAAGGCACGGUAGAUGUAUUGGAUAUAAAUAGCUUGUCAAAAGUUCAACGGUUGAUCCCUAAUAAGGAGAAGUUAGGGAUGGUAAUGUGCCUGAGGGAUGUUGAAAUCGGUGGGAACCUUUGUUUAUUGGCUGGUUACGAGUCGGGAGACGUAAUACUCUGGGACCUCAACACCUUCAAGCCUUGCAGCCACAUAAAACUACAAGACCACCUCACGUACAUGACUUUCGAUCCCAAUAUGAACCGCGUUGUUUGCGCGGGCUCUUCCAAUUCCCUACAGCUUUUCACGAUUGACAAAUCCCACAACAUGACUCUAAGGUGUGAGUUAUCUAUAACCAACGAGGGUUGCAGCGUGGUCAAGAUGCGCCCCGACGGCAGGAUUUUCGUAUCCGGAGGGUGGGACGGAAGGCUGCGGGUUUUCUCAUGUAAAACGCUGAGGAUCCUCGUGGUGCUCGCCGAGCACAAGGGCCCGGUGACGGACAUACAAUUCUCCCCGUGCGUCAUAAAUUACUGGAACGCCAAGAUUAUGGCGGCGAGCGGCGCAGAUGGCACGAUCACCUUAUGGAAUCUGUAUAAUAACUGAGGGCUGAGCUCCGCCGAAAUAUUUUACGUUUCCUUUUAGCCGUUGUCUCCCCAACGGCCAAUAGGAAUAUUUAGCAUUAAUUUAGUAAACAUAACUUUUGAUUUAGACUGAUUUUGUGUAAAAAGUUAAGAUGAAUAAAAAAGAUCGUAACGUUUUUCACUGCCGGGCGUUUCCAACUAGAUGUAAAUGCAAUAAUACUAAGUACAGUCUGUUCCACAAGAAGGGAGGCGAGACUUUUUCAGAAGUCGUCAAAGUUUUUGGAUCGUUUGUUUGUGUACCGCUUUAACCAACUUCUCAACGAACUUCUUUGACUUUCGACAAUCUAGCUCCAUUUGUACGCGUACCUGAAAAGUCAACCUCGGAGUGUACGUGCAACUCGUUCUGACAAACUACCGCUCUCUUAAACUUUUCGAGCGAGACCGAAAUGAAUUAGUAAUGGUGUCGUAACCCACAAUCGUGCCGUAAAAGAGGGAAAGAAACGCUUUUCAUUUUACUAUAAAAAACCUCGCCUUCUUUCUUGUGGAACAGACCGCAUAAUGGGAGUGUAACGUUCAGGACAAAACUUUUGAGAAUGCGCUUUGGCGAAUAAAUUAGCCCUUUUUGUAUUUUAUCCGUAAAAAUUUGUUUACUGUGGUUAAAUAUAUUAUUAGAAAGGUACAAAAACAAUAUGUUUUAGUGCGUAGAUUAAAAAAUUUAUUUGAAUUAGAAUAAGGUAUAAAAUAAUGAGUCGUAAUGAUGUCGUAUUUCCUGAACAAGGUACUUUCACCCGUUCGAAAGAAAUUUGUAACGUAUUAUGUAAAAAAUUUGUAGUGGCCGGAAUUUUAUCGCAUUUUAAAAACACCGAGGGAGAAACCGGUUGUAAAUCUUCGCUUAACGGGUUUUUACAUGAUAAUCAUUUAACAUUUUUAAAAGCGUUGAUGGUGGUGAAACAAAAAAUGCAGGUUUCAAUUUUGUUUUUUUUUUAAUUCCAAUGUAAAAAUAUCCCGUAUCAGAUCCCAGUUUGCAAAAGUACGGAAAAAAUUUGUUCCUUUACAGUUGCUGAAAAUAUCCCGCAACAAGUUGAUUUCUAAUUAACGGACAAUAUCAAAUUUUGAUAUCACGGUUUAUGAAGGAAUUAAUCUCUUCCACAGUUUUCUAGUGUACAAUCCAUUUCAAUAUUCCAACUAUAUGCAGAAUUUAAGGUAGCCAUUGUGUGAUAAUUUAAUUUGUGCCUCUUGAACUGGAAGUUAUAUCGAUUUAAUUUCUGUAAAGAAAAAGAACGAACCAAUUCAUCCUUCUAGUUUGAGUGACGGCAUAUUAUUGUAAUUGUAUUUAUUUACACAAAUACGCAAAUUAUUAAUUUUCGCAUCGCUUGAUAUAAUAUUCACGGGAACAUUUCAUAAACUGUCUUUUUGUUAAGUUGUGAAUAUUUUUAAUAUAAAAAUUCCUUAUUCGCCGAGAGGCUAUUCUUCUUCACUUUAAGGUUAAUUAAAAGAUCUAACUGACGAACCUUUUUAAUCUUUACUAACAUUUCUUAAAUGGCAGACUUAGUACCUAGUAAGUAGAUGUGAUUGUUUUGUUCGGUGGUCUUAUAUUUUUAAAAUUCUGUCUUGAACAUUACUCGAAAUGCUGCCGAAUAGAAUUUAUUCCCCGUACAAAGUAUUUUUAAUAUCGAGCGAGCUAAAUUUAAUUUUCCUAUUUGUAGCAAUGAUUAUUUACACACCAACAUUAAUGUGAUAUUUUCGACAUAAGAAUGAGACCUCGCUGCAAAUUUAAAACAACCGUUGGACAGCUUCGCGCGAUAUUAUAUACGGGUGAAGGAAAUUUCACGUUAUCGUUAUCCUCCAACGUACCAAAUGGGAAAGUUGCUUUAUUUUUGCAGAGGGGGCAGUAAAUAUAUUUUUAACUACCAAGUAUUGUAUGUAAAAUAUUUAUUUUUGCAAUUAGAAGUAAAUAU